CUACCACUGAGGUACGUCGAAUCUUUGAAGGUAACCGCCCCCGAAAAGACGAACAACAAAAAUGGAGUUGUGAACUAGUAGCAAGAUAGCUUCAAAGCACGUUCGAUUUCAGUUUUUGUGUAAUUACCUUUACAUGAUUGGACGUUUCCAGCUGAUUGAAGUGGCGUGAUGCACUCAUAUCGAAGUCAUACGUAGUCAAAUCGUAAGAAGCUGUCGAGCGGGUAAACAAACCGGUAUCUUGGCUACGACAAAGACAACAAGGCUUAGCUAGUUAGCUAGCUAAAACGGUAGCAUCUGCUCCUUUUCCCCCUAACGUUAGCUAGCUAGCUAGCUAGCUAGUUAACGAACGAAGAGCGUGACUCGGACAGAAAUGGAGAAGUCAGAUUUCUUAAAGGGACUACCUGUCUACAACAAGAAUAAUUUCAGCAGGUUCCAUGCAGACUCUGUAUGUAAAGCAUCAAACCGCCGACCAUCUGUGUAUCUUCCAACCCGGGACUAUCCAUCAGAGCAGAUCAUAGUCACAGAGAAGACAAACAUCCUAUUGCGAUAUCUUCAUCAACAGUGGGACAAAAAGAAUUCAGCAAAAAAGCGAGAGCCGGAACAAGGAGAGGGGGAGAACACGGCGCCGCCGCGGAAAAUCGCCAGAACUGACAGUCGGGAACUGAACGAGGAUUCUUGAAUUGCUGUGCUGUUGAUGCACACCCAGCAGAGACUGACCUAUACAAACAAAAUGCAUUAUGCGGAAUAAAUGUUUGCAAAGCCAGGCCUUGACGCUGAAGCCCUCAAGGAUCCAUUACAGUCCAGACCACAGCCGUCAUGACGUUAGUCCCCAAAAAACAUUGGUCAUAAUGUUUGCAUUCAAAUUCAGAUUUCCUCCUUAACCAAACCCUUUUUUCCUCAGUUCAUUUACUACUUUCGACCAGUAUUUUCUUUCCUUCCAAGACACUUCUGCCUCAGAUUUAAGUCUUUAUAGUGUAAAAAAAUGACAUACUUCUACCUCCUUAUUCCUCAAACCCUCUGAUUUUUCCUAACUUAUGCUCACAGUUUUCUUUUAAAGUGUUCAUAUUAUGCUUUUUGGCUUUUUCCCUUUCCUUUAUUGUGUU